AUGCCCAGCGUCCCCUCGGCGCCCCCUCCGGUGCCCCCCAGCUCGGUGGCGGCCGCCGCGGCAGCAGCGGCCGCAAGCUUGCCGGUGAGCGUGGCCGGCAGCCUCCUUCGGGGCCCGCCGCUGCUGCUGCGGGCUGCCGAGAAGUACCCGCGCACGCCCAAGUGCGCCCGGUGCCGGAACCACGGGGUGGUGUCGGCGCUGAAGGGCCACAAGCGCUACUGCCGCUGGAAGGACUGCAUGUGCGCCAAGUGCACCCUGAUCGCCGAGCGCCAGCGCGUCAUGGCCGCGCAGGUGGCGCUGCGCCGCCAGCAGGCGCAGGAGGAGAACGAGGCCCGCGAGCUCCAGCUGCUCUACGGCACCGCGGAGGGGCUGGCCCUGGCUGCGGCCAACGGCAUCAUCCCGCCCCGGCCGGCCUACGAGGUCUUCGGCUCCGUCUGCAGCGGGGCCAGCGGCGAGGGAGGCCCUGGGGGCUCGGACUCCAAGCUGCAGAAGUUCGACCUGUUCCCCAAGACGCUGCUGCCCAGCCGGGCUGUGACCCCGCAGCAGGCGGGCGGGAAGCCCCUGUCUCCGGACAGGGAGUCGGUGCCGGGCACCUCCUCCCCCGAAGCUCGCCAAGGCUCGGGCUCGGAGAACGGGGACGGCGAGUCUUUCCUGAGCUCGCCCGUCUCCAAGGGGCCGAAGGAGGGGGAGGAGAGCCCGGGCUCCAUCAGCCCGCUGGGCUCGGACUCGGGCUCGGAGGCAGAGAAGGACGAGCAGGACCCGUCGCCCUCGGCCGGCGGCCGCCAGCGGACUCCCAUCGACAUCCUGACGCGGGUCUUCCCGGCGCACCGGCGCAGCGUGCUGGAGCUGGUGCUGCAGGGCUGCGGCGGGGACGUGGUGCAGGCCAUCGAGCAGAUCCUCAACAACCGCGGCCCGGACAAGGGGCCCGAGGAGAGCUGGGCCCGGGACGGCGCCCUGCAGCCCAGCCCGGCCGCCGCCGCCGCCCACCACCGGCCCCUGAUGGCCGGCCCCAUGAGCCCGGCCAUCGGCACGCUGGGCAGCCGCUCCGCCUUCUCGCCGCUGCAGCCCAACGCCGGCCACUUCGGCGCCGAGGCCGGGGCCUACCCGCUGGGCACCCACCUGGGCCUCAACCCGCUGCGCCUGGCCUACUCGGCGCACAGCCGGGGACUGGCCUUCAUGGCCCCCUACUCCACCGCCGGCCUCAUGCCCACGCUGGGCUUCCGGCCGCCCAUGGACUACGCCUUCAGCGACCUCAUGCGGGACCGCUCCGCCGUGCACAAGGAGCAGGUCUACUCCAGCGGCCUCUACGGGCCCAUGGUCAAUAACACCCCCGAGAAGCAAUAGACGGAGCCCCCUGCUAGGGAGCAGCGCCCGGCCGGCGGCGGGCACCGCGCUGCAGCCAAGGCCACGCUCCCUCCUCGCGGCUCUUGACAGCUGCCAAAGCACCGCUCACGCCUUGCAGCCAAGGGCAGGGCUGCACCCCAAGGCACUCCCUGAAGAUAUAAAUAUAGAGCGAGAGAAAGAGGGGGGACUAUAUGGACACCGAUUGAUUCGCUCCCCUUCCGGCUCACUCCAUUGUCGGGCACCGAACAGGGUGUCGGGCAAAGCUGACAAAUAAUAGGUGUAGUGAAAAAAAAGGUUAUAAAGGUGCACUUUCAUUGUUGAGAUGUUUGUCACUCUCUUUGUUGCUUAUGGCCAUAAGCAUGGAUAUCCUUGGUGAAUUGUGAGGUGUGUAUAUAUAUAUACACACACACACACAUACAUAUAUAUAUAUAUAUGUAUACUAGCAAGUGUAUAAUGUUAUAAAAUGGAAAUCUAAGUUAUUAAUGUAACUUGUAGGUGAACUUGGUAUUAAAGCUAAAGGUUAGACAGCUCUCAUUGUAAUACUUACCAGGUAUAUAGAUUAAAUAUAUUGUAAAAUUGAAAAGCCUUCCCGCCCACCCCUUCCAAGAAAUGUUAUAACCUGUAUAUAACAUUGGAAAGUAGAUAUAUUUGUAACUGUCCGUAGGACCCAGCCGCCAAUGCUGUAUAACGGUUUAAUGAGCCUCUUCAUUUGUGAUCUGCAAGAAAAUUGCUUUCUGGUUCCAAUGUAGCAAACUUCUUGCCGUUUCUAACAAUUACUUUCUGUGUUUCCAUUUCAUAGAAAUACUAGAAAUAAAUGUUAUUUUCUAUUAAAAGUCAGUCUUACAAAUGGCAAAUGAUAUUUUAUGGAACAAUGUUUUGGCAAACCCAGUUAACACAUAAAGUCAAUAUUCAAGGCAGAUUAAUGCAAAUAAUUUAGGAACUUUCUGAACAUGUUUAUUAAAUUUUAUGAGAUGGUUGAAGCAGACAAUCUGAAGCAGACAUUUAAAACACACACACACACAGAGAAAUGCAGCAUACAGAAAUUUACUUUUCCAUCAAAAUGUCAAAUAAUUUAAUUUCUAAUUCCUCAUAUUUUAUUUGUUUAGAAAAAAAUAUCUCCAGUGCAUUUUGUAGGGGAUUUUCUAGUUUGGGGCUUGCUGAUUUCUUUCCUGUAUUUAGACAAUCUGACAUUAUCCCAGGGAAAGGCAAAGUGUAUUGUUAAAAUAAUUGUGUUCGUUGUUGCAUAUAGAUGCUGGAUCAUCCUGCGACUGCAGCGACGAAAGAGGAACCAUUUCUUUUCAUUUGAUGAUUCAAGAUUUUAAUUGCUUCUAUAUGAUUAAGAUAAGAAACGGACAAAUAAUAAAUAAUAUUAAAGACAGGUUGUUUAAAUAGAAAAAUUCUGUUAACGGAAUCAAAUCGGGCAAAACAAAAUCAGCUUGUGUGUUUUUUUUUUAAACUCUAAUUAAUUUUAUAUUGGGACCGAUCCUGAUGUCUUAAAUCGCCCAUUAAUUUCAGGAGGAAGGGUACACGAACGGCACUAUCAUCAAUCGCAUUGAUUAUUCUUCAAGGCAAAUAGAAGAAAUAUGCUAUUUUUCUUCUUUCACUGAAUAUAAGAAAGAGCGUCAGCAAUAGCUUCGUACAAUGCCCCGAUCCUCCAAAAAAAAAAAAAAAAGUGAUUGUGGAGGGCAGAGGGACUUUUCUUAUCUGUCCUGGGAGCGUUUGGCCCAGGAAAACUAUUACUCACAAAGAAUAAGUUCAGUGCAUGGUUGAAUUAAGACUGUAAAAGCUCCUAAAGUUGGUUGGUAUGGAAACCUAAUCCCACCAAACUGUUCUGUGGCACAGCUGGACUGUUUACUUUCUCACUUCAAAUAUAACUGUGUAAACAUUGGCUUGAAAC